UUAGUUCAGUUCCAGCCGGCCGAUGAAGCGCACGCGUCGAAAGAAAGCCCCCCGAUAAAAGAUAACAGCGAAGAGCCAUAAAAAGCCAGUAGAAAAGCAGCAAGAAAGCGACGAGCAUAGAACCAAAUGUGAACUCUCUCCGCGAUAACUCUCUCCCAGAGCCGCUCUCGUCCGCCCGCUCUGUUUAAGCCGUCGUCGCAGCCGCAGCCGCAGUCGUUUAAGCCAAGUCGUUGUUCGCAUUCGAUUUCUUUGCGCAUGCGCAACGGGCACCUCUCCGGUCAUUUCGGUCUCCGACAGCUCUCUUCUCCUCUCUCCGUCGUCUGCAACGUCGCAAAAGUGAAAAUAUUUGGAGAAAUUUCUUGGCGCAGAAGAAGAAUUUCGGACCACUGGUGUGGAGUUACUUAGUGUGUCAGGAGGUAUAAUACACGUACUAACAAUACUCGUAUCUUGCCUUGCCUGUAGUGUCAACGGCAAACAAAUAAUCACUGCAGAAUCAGUAUCUCGUCUACGAAAAUAGAGAAUCCGAGAGUUUUCCGUUCAGUCGUAUCUCAGUUUCAAGUUUUUUUCACGCCCAAGCCCCAAUUAAACGAUAAAACUCAAGUGCCAAAGUUCCGAAUUCCAAAUUUCGAAUUUCGAAUCAAAGUUACGAAUUGCAAGCCAAUGUCAAUGACCUAAAUUCGGUUAAAUUCCCCGGAAAAACGAAGCGGGAAAUCCAAUCGAAUCGAACCGUAUCGAAUCGAAUCGAAUCGAACGAUCUGCGGCAGCAUCAUCAUCUUCGAUCAUCGGCCAUAUGUUUGCCUGACAAUUCAGCUGUUGUCGUAAAUCUGUCUUUUUCACAACAUCCCCCACCCAAUCCACAGGACAUCGUUUCUCCUGCUGAAUUCUUUUUUGUUCGAAACUAACCCAAAGCAACCUCCAGGACAAUUGACUAAUGGAAACAUGGACAAGCGCUCACCGGCGGCAGAACGAAAUUCAGCAAGCUUUUCAACGGACUUGAUUGCAUAAAUUCCCCCGCUCUCAAAAAAUCAUAGCAAUAGUUAGCAAGGGCUAUAUGACAACAAAAACUAUUAAGGCUUCCAACUAAAAUAAACGGGAAAAUCGGAAAAGUAACUUCCAAACCAAAAGUAAAAUAUAGGAAUAUAAGACAACUUCUAGGAGGAAGUAGAAGGGAAAUCCCCCGGGAGAGUACAGAAAACGAGGGAAACUCGAGCGCACACUGUAAAUGACAAAAAACUGCUUCCUAAUUUAACUUAAGCGAAGGAUACUCGAAGGAUAAUAGGCAGCAAGCAGCACACACACAACCCCAAACAAGCGAACAUGUCAAACGCGGUCGCCAACAACAAAGCGGAAACGGAAGCAGCCACAAACAGCAGCCUCAAACAGUCAUCCCCAAACAGCCAGCCCGCAAAUAGCAGUCACGAUGCCAAGCUUCUCAACGGCAGCUUGGCCAGAACCAACGGCUUGACCCACGCCGCCUCAUCUGCCGUCUCAGCCGCCACCUCAGGUGUCACUUCAUCCUCGACGGCAUCGGCAGCAGCGGCGGCGGUUGCCGCCUCAAACCUCCUGUCCGCGGUGGCGCCCUCCAACGCCCUGCCCUUGCCGCCCAGCAGCAAUGGCCUCCAGAUGCCGUACGAGCGCUAUCGGGCGGACGACACCAGCUACGUGCCCAUUGGACAGUUUUACGCGGGACGCAGUGUCUUCAUUACGGGAGGAACUGGCUUCAUGGGAAAGGUACUGGUGGAGAAGUUGUUGCGCUCAUGUCCGGACAUAAGGAAUAUAUAUCUUCUGAUACGACCGAAACGCGGUCAAGAAGUGUCUGCACGUCUCACGGAACUGUUAAAUGCACCGCUUUUCGAAUCACUGCGUCGCGAAAAGCCCAAGGAACUCAGCAAAGUCAUACCCAUUUCGGGCGAUAUUACAUCUGAGGAACUGGGCAUUUCAGAAAAGGAUCAGAAUCUACUGUGUCGCAAUGUUUCCGUGGUCUUUCAUUCGGCUGCUACUGUGAAAUUCGAUGAGAAGCUCAAACUGUCUGUCACAAUAAAUAUGUUGGGGACGAAACGUCUUGUAGAGCUCUGCCAUCGUAUGCUGUCACUGGACGCACUAAUCCAUGUCUCCACUGCCUAUUGCAAUUGCGAUAGAACCGAUGUGUCUGAGGUUAUCUAUGCGCCGCCGUACAAUCCCGACGAUAUCAUCUCACUAAUCAACUGGCUUCCGGAGGAUAUACUCGAUCAGCUGACACCGCGUCUGAUUGGCAAGCGUCCCAAUACGUACACAUUUACAAAAGCCUUAGCGGAGCAUAUGUUACUUAAGGAGGCUGGUAAUCUGCCCGUUGCCAUUGUAAGGCCAUCGAUUGUGACUGCCAGUCUAAAUGAGCCUUUCGCCGGCUGGGUGGACAACUUCAAUGGGCCAACUGGCUUGGUCUCGGCGCUGGCCAAGGGCAUGUUCCGCACGAUGAUGUGCGAGAAGAACUAUGUGGCCGAUAUGGUACCUGUCGAUAUUGUGAUUAACCUGAUGAUUGCCGCCGCCUGGCGCACUGCUACCCGCAAGUCCAACAACCUUCUCAUCUACAAUUGUUGCACCGGCCAGCGCAAUCCCAUCGUCUGGUCGGAGUUCGUCAAACACGCCAUGACCAGUGUGCGCAAGCAUCCCCUGGAGGGCUGCCUGUGGUAUCCGACUGGUGACCUGCGCAUGAACCGCCCCAUGAACACGCUGAAUUGUAUAGUCAAACACUUCCUACCGGCCUACAUUCUGGACGGAGUGGCUCGAAUCAUGGGCAAAAAGCCCUUCGUUGUCAGCGUACAAAAUAAAAUUGCCAAAGCUGUGGAAUGCUUAGAGUACUUUGCCACACGCCAAUGGCGCUUCAAAGACGACAAUGUCCACGCCCUGCUGAACACGCUGAGUCCCAAGGAUCGGGAGGUAUUCGUUUUCGAUGUCCGUCACAUCAACUGGGACAAGUAUGUGGAGCGCUAUGUGCUCGGAUUCAGGGAGUUUCUGUUCAAGCAGCGACCCGAAUCCUUGCCCGCCAGCAGAAAGCGUAUGCUAAGGCUCUACUAUCUGCAUCAGCUGACCAAACUGGUGGCGGUGCUGCUCACGUGGCGCUUCCUGAUGUCGCGCUCCAAGCGCCUGAACGACUUGUGGAGCGCCUUUCUGGACAAUGCGCUGAAAUUGGCGCGCUUGAUACCCUUUUUGUAAUUAAUUAGAAGGUGACCGAGGACCGAUGAGGAUUCUAAAGUUUGGAGACAGCAACAGCGGUUGGCAUAUGUAUAUGUAUGUGUUGGGAUCUGGUAGGAUCUGCGAUGUUCUUCUACUUUGCGAUUUCUAAAUGCUUCAAAAUGGCGUAAAUCUUAGAGGUUUUUAGCAAAUAAUUAUAUUCAUAUUUUUUAUAUAUGUUACAAAUGAGUAAACACCAGAACCCACAAACAUCCAAACAAAAAGCGGAAAAAAGGAAAAGAUAUACAAAAAAAAAAGAAAAGAAAAGAAAAACCAUGUUAGACAACAAGAACAUCAGCAAAAUAACAGAUUACAGAUUAAAUAUUUAAUAACUGAACGGGGUAAUUAAAUGGCAUUGGUAUGCACAACACCGCCCACAUUUAUUCAGGUGUUAUAAUAGAUCAGGUGUGCGAGGGCCAGGUGAUGGGUGUCGGUUGUUGUCUCCGCUUGUUUCUCUCCUUCUGCGAGAUUGUAAUAUUUUGUGAAAUACUGUAGACGCGAAAGGAGAAACCCAAAGUAGGAGCGAAUUCCACCAAUUUUUGCAUAACGAGAUGAGGGAAUCGAGUGAAUUUAUGGUCGGGAUUCAUCGAUAAUGAAGCAAUUUGCAUGAAUUAGUACAUCCAAAACUAUAUAAAAGACACAAACAAAAAGCUAAACGAGAAAUGAGAAAAGCGAUUUACAACAAUGAUUAGUGAAGAGAAUAAAUUAAAUUAACAAAAAAAAAAUGAGAUGGCUUGUUAUUGCUUUAAAAAUUACAUAAACGUAACGUAAACUAUGCUAAUUAAUUAAUAUUAAUUAUAAAUAUUAUUACGUAACGAGCGAACAUUGCAUAUAAAUAAUACGACAAAGAAAAACCAA